UUAUAGAACUUAUAGUCCUUACCCGCAUAUUCAUGCGAGUGCUGUCCUUUCCUAUAAAGGCGCUGUACGAUCUAGUCCAUUCCUUCCAUUUAUUUAUAAUUUCUUUCGCUUUUUCUCUACGGCUCGCUUCGAACUCAGAAUCAGAACUUGUUAUCCUUUUUAAUCCAGUCCAAUACUGUCUUCCAAUCUUUCUGUUCCAUUUUUUUACGAUAAUACUUCACCAAAUUAUCACACGUCCAUUCUUCGACCUCGGUAACAUGAUAAAAGGACAAUAAAGCGUUAAUUGGAUGAGCCAUUCUUAAAUGGAGUUAAAAAAAUUUUUUUUAGUGUAUCGUUCUUAUUUUGUGGAAUAAUAAUGGAAUAAA